CGUUAUCCCAUAUGGAGGGCAUCUCGUAGCACAUGUUUAUGUGAUGUGACCCUUCGUAGCUAUGUGCGUGGGAAGUCACCCAAACCUAGCGUGCCGUGGCGGAGAUGUGAUUAUGUGUACAUCCCUAUCAACAAUGGAGGCGCGCAUUGGUUGGCAGCAUGUGUGGACUUGAAGGCUCGACAUAUUGAUUUAUACGAUCCAAAUAUGGGAAAUAAAUAUGUCCAGAAUAAAGAGUUGAACAAUGCGGAAUGCCUUACGUAUAUGCUGCCUUACCUAUUGAAGGAUGGGGGAUAUUACGAGAAGAAUCCGGACGUGCCUCCCACUUUAGAACCAUUCACGAUGACCAUGAUCAAAGAUGCACCCCGCCAAGAUAAUGGGGGUGAUUGUGGCGUCUACGCUUUGAAAUUUAUUGAAUACAAGAGUAGUGAGGAGAAUCUUUCAUUUGGCCCGCAAGACAUUAUGUUUUUUAGAAAAAAAUAUGCUAUUGAUUUGUACUUUAAUAAACUUUCAAUGUAGAUCGUAUGUUUAAUGUUAUGACACUCUAUACUAAUG